UGCUAUCACCUUAUAUUAAUUCGCCUUGAUAUAACUGUUUGUGUGUAUCGAAAUAGAUACAGUUGAUUUUUAGUUUCUGUGAAAGGAAAACGUGUGUAGCAAUGAGUUAUAAGUCGUGAGAAACUUGAAGAAUUUUAUGUUUGAAUUAAUAAAAAUGAAAUAAAUUUACAUUUUACAAAAUACUACAAUCUACUUUAAUCACGGUGUGUUUAAGCAAUUUCUAAAUUUUUAGUUCGUUUGCUUUGUGAACCAGUUAAAGGAUCCAAAUGGAGCGAAAAAUAGACAAAAAAUUAGAUAGCUUGGAGAAAUAUGUGCCAUUUAUAAACUAUAUUCUUGAAAUUGAUCGAAUAAAAUUCGAGAAGUUUAUAGAUAUCAAACACUGGAUUAUGGGACGAAAAAGACUUCCUAUGAAUGUGCUACAAAAGAUUGAGCAGUCCAUUUUAACACAGUACAGAAAUCUGUUUUAUGAUGGCGUGAAAUUUCCAAAACAUAUUAUGGAUAUUUUUGAUACAGACUCUAAAGUUAAGUGCUACAGAGUAAAUUUAUGUUCCGAUGAUGAAGAUAAUGCCGAGAAUUCGUCGGAUGACGAUGAUGAUGUUAUCAUCGUUUCAACAUCCCCUGCUCCACAAGAAGCUGUGAAGCCGAAAUCAGAUAAUAUCAGUCAGUGUGUGCGGGACGGAAAUCAUAAAUCACCCACAUCCACGCUAGAACACGGUGUAGUGGAUGAUCCGAUUUGUUUAGAUUCCGAUGAUGAUGAAGAUCAAAAUCAAAAGGGAGUGGUAGCCCAUAAAGACGAGUUUCUUGUUGAAGAGAAACUUUUUAAAAGAAGAGAAGAUUUUAUAAUUAAAAUUGAUGAUGACAACGAAGCCAAUAAAAUGCAAGAAGGCGAAGCUAAUAAAGCUGUUGAAAGAGAAGUGAACCAAUUUGAUGAAGUAAAUGAAGCAAAUGUUAUUCCAGAUGAGAUGCCAGCCAAUGAUGUUGAUCAAGAAAAUGAAGCAACUGCAAUUAAUGAUGAAAGCGCAGCUCUUGGCCUACAAAAUGUGGUUGAACAAGGAAACAAUGCCCAGCAAGAAGAAAUUAAUACAAGCGAAAUUUCAAAAUUCAGUACUUCUAAAGUUACCGAGACAAAUUUAGAGAAUCUGGAUAUCGAAAAGCUGGAAGAAAUCUAUGAUGAAUUAACAAAGGAAAAUGGAAUAGAUGUUAAGCACCUGUUAGAGAGUAUAGAAUUGAUCUCAUCAUUGGAUAAUGUAAAUAAGGCGUCUAAUGAAAGCGUUACUAAUUUUGCCGCACAAUACGAGAAUGUAUGUGUACCUACGUAUCCUCAAGUUCAAAUGCAAUCAAAUGAAAUGCAACGCCACGCAUUUAAUAUGCAACCUGUGGCACAACGACCUCAGCCGUUUAAAUUAAACUUAAAGGAUCCACGGAUUGUCAGAUUACUAGAAAGAAAUAAAAAUUUGACAUUUGCUUCUACGCAAGUCACAAAUGACAAUAGCAAAAGUAAUUCCACAACAACAAGACAAGAACCAACAACAUAUGGUGAAUAUAAACGACUGAAAGCUGAGCAAACGAAGAAAGUAGAAGAGGCCAAGAGAGCAGAUGAAGCGAGAAAAGCGGAAGAAGCAAGAAAAGCUGAGGAAGCAAAGAGGGCGGAGGAAGCUAGAAGAGUAGAGGAGCUGCGAAGGGCAGAGGAAGCGAGAAGAGCAGAGGAAGCGAGAAGAGUUGAGGAAGCGAGAAGAGUUGAGGAAGCAAGGAGAGCAGAGGAAGAAAGGAGGGCAGAGGAAGCCAGAAGAGAAGAGGAAGCGAGAAGAAUAGAGGAAGCGAAAAGAGUAAAGGAAGCAAGGAAAGCAGAAGAAGCAAGAAAAGCAGAGGAAGCUAAGAAAGCGGAAGCAUUGCAAAAAGCAGAGGAAAUACUAAAAGCCGAGAUAGGAAAGAGAGUGGAGGAAGCGUUGAAAGCUAGACAGGUAGAGGAAGCAAGAAAGGCAGCUGAAACGGCAAGGGUAGAUUUGGAAAAGAGAUUAGAAGAAGCGUCAAAAUUAAAGGAGGUAAAGAGCACCGAGUUAGAAAAGAAAACAGAGGAAGCAAGGAAGGAGGCGAUGAGAAACUCAAAUGAAAUUGGGAAUCAUUUAACCUCAUUCAGGACAAACAGAGUAGAUGCGCCAAACCAAAACAGCGAAAUUUCCAGUAGCUCUUCGCUAUCGAUUCUUUCGAAGUCUUCACAGUUGCCAUAUCGCAAUGAAUCACCUGUUGAACCGCAGACGGAUUUGAGAAGCAUCAUUUUGAAUACCAUACUGCCAUACGGUGAUAAGAUAUUAGAUGUUCUUAGGAGAGAGAAUACCUUACAGGUGCUAAGUGACACCGUUGCAAAAAUAAGUACGCCAGCAGUAAGUCAGAGGGAAGUUAAGCCUAUUUCAACGGUGAAUGAACGCAGGUUGUCGGAGAAAAGUUCCGAACAGAAAGGAAAAACUACAAGGGGAAGCGAUAUACAAACUCAUCAUUGUCAAAAAGUUCAUGCUUAUGACCAAAAAUCAAAUGAAAUUGUUUCGGAAGAGAAAAAAAAUCUAAAAAGGUCCCGCAAAAUAAAAGAACCUAAAAUUAAACCCUCUUAUAAAAGAAUACGAACGAUUUCAUCUUCUUCAUCGGUAUCCUCAUCGCUGUCAUCACCGACAUCAUCUCCAAUCUCGAAUGCGUCUUCCGCGCUUACACAAGCUUGUGCGAUGAAAACAAACCCGAAAGCAAAUCCAGCAUUGCUCAGCGAGCCGAUUGUGAAAUUAAAAAGACUUUCGCCAAAAACUAUUUUGAAAUACACAAAGAGGGCAAAAGUAUCGCCUAGCAUCGACAAUGAUAGUUCGAAAACUAUUAACAUCCGUUUGGUAGAAGAUGUUUCGAAAACAAAGAAAAUGCAUCGUGUCGUUGAGCCAAAACCAAUAAAAUUGAACGUUAAAUACAAAAACGUCGAUAUUUUAAUGACGAGCGAAAAUACAACUUUUUGCAUUCUGUGCAAAUCGAGGCCUAGUGACUUAACUAAUCACUACAGAAGAGUGCACAAAACUGAAUCAUAUGUAGCGCGUUUAAGUAGAUCGGCUUUGAGUCUUCUGGAAACUAAUACUCCAUUUGCACAAAGCAAAUCCAAGGGCACAAAUUGCAAAAUGAAAAAAUAUUUGCUAAAAUGCGUAUUCUGCCAGGAUGAAGUAGAAGAUAAGUUUAUAAACUUUUACAAACAUUUUUCAACCCAUACAGGCGAGUAUGCCUUCCAAUGCAGCGUUUGCAAUUUGGAAAAACCUUUUGAAUUCGAUAUUCAGUCUCACAAGUGUCAUACCAAGUCUUGCCGGAAUGCACGUGUAAAUACCCUUUAUCAAUAUCCACCAAAUGCCCUGGUCAUAUAUUUAUAUGGUUGCAAAAUAUGUAAUUUUUUGCAAUUAAAUGAGGCCAAUACAUUCAAGCAUUUGCGAGAUCACCACGAUAAAAGGCAAGAUGAUUCUAAUUUAAUUCGCAAAUACAUCUUGGCAGCUGUAAACGAUGAGGAAGUGUGCGAGGCGGCCUCUGAACCAGAUCCAAACUUUGAUUUCCUGAAAGAGGAUGGGGAUAUUCUGGUUCGAAAUGAAGCACUCUCUGAGGAUAUGCUAGAUUUCCACAAAAUCGAAAAUGGACCAAGCGGAUAUACCAAAUCCACCUCGUUAGGUGAGCCGCAAUCCGUCGUGGAAAAUGGCAGAGCUAUCAAUACAAGUAUAGGAGGAAUGGUGGAGUUACCAACUAGCAGCUAUAUUUAUAAUGAAAAUAUAGACAGCGCACUAACUAAUACCAUGGCUCCGAGUAUGAUAGAUGAAUCACAAACAAUUAUUCCUUCACAACCUGCGCAACGAAACGAUAAACGGCCUGCACCUUUAUCAUCCAUGGAAAAUCUUGUAGGCGUAAGCGGCGCGUCUCAUUUGGAACUCAUAAAAACUGAACCCCUCGACGUAUUGCCGUUGCAAAAGGAAAAUUAUGACUACAAGAAACUGUUAAAUACCUGCCGCAAAGUCCAUCGCCAAUAUCCGUUUGGAAUUUCCUACUUUGGUUUAUAUAAGUGCAUGGCAACUGACUGCUUAUUUUCAACGGAUUUAAAGCAAGAAAUCUUACAGCAUCUAAGCGAGCAUCGAAGAAGUGAAUACCCACCUGAAGGAUAUCUGCAAUGCGCUUAUUGUCAGCUGGAUGCAGAGAUUUGCAACACACCCGAAAUGUUGAUUGAACACAUUGACAAAUGUCAUCACCGUUCGCAGUUUCAAUGUUCAGUUUGUUGUUAUCGCGCUUCGUCGCCGAGUUAUGUGUUUUUGCAUGAACAAAUGUUACAUCCUUUUGUGCUGGAUAAAUUUGUAUAUAAAUGCACAUUUGACAUAACGUUGGACUACAGCAUACCAUACAAUAUUACAGAUUUAUUAGAGGAAAACGUGGAACCGCUUAUUUGCCCGUUUGAAGACUGUUUUUACAGUUUUCAGAGUUUGAGUGGGAUGCAAGAUCAUUUGAUGAGCAUGCAUUCUUUGCCUGUUAACAGUGCAUCUGUCACAGGGCUUGAAAAAUAUGCAUGCAUCUAUUGUCAAAAGAAUUUUCAUGACAUUGACGGCGUCAAAAAGCAUUUAGUUUUGUCACAUCCCGACCAGCAGCCGUAUGUAUGCGAGAGAGUGCUUGUGAUGGAAAAGAAGGAUUUGGUGCAAAACCUGACAAUAACAUUUGUGUCAUUGCCAAAUGUACCACCCGAAAACAUCAAACAAGUAAAUUUAAAGGAAGAAUUAGUGUCAAAUGAAAGGGAUACGUGGUUGGAUAACCCGACCAAAUCAGAAUCGGUGAUCUCGGGAGAUAUCUCAGUGACCAACUUCAGCGAAACAGAUGUCGUCAAUCAGGGCGGAAGUGAAACCAAACCAAAUCUAGAUCAAUUAAUGCAAACAGCGGAGGAGAGCGUUCGACGAAGCUUAUUGAAAUUAACUGGAAGUACAGGCAUCUUACCCAAUUUAUUAUACCGCUGCCCUCAACCCACUUGCGGUGGCUUCUUCUCAUCCUACGACUUAUGGUAUAGGCAUAUGAGUGUGCGCCAUUGCUGUAUCAUUAGUGUGUGUCCACAUUGCCCAAAUGAAAAGAAAAAGGAGCUACCUUUGGUUGAUUUCAAAGUACAUUUUCAGCAACACUGUUGUCAUCUUUAUGGCUGCUACCACUGUGGCGAAACAUUUUCCUGUAAGCAGGCAACAAUUGAUCACAUAAUACUUUUACAUGCAGAUAUAAGUCCAGAUGCUUAUGCAAUACGAGUCGAGAAAGUGCCACUAUACUUUAAUCAACCGUUUCAUGUACUUAUGAAAUCAAAGGAAUGCGAUGAACCGAUACUAGAUAGAUAUUGCUUUCUGCUUGCACUGCAAGAUAUUGUGCUAAACCGUUGCAAAUAUGUUGAGAAAGUAUACUUCGACUCCAUAAAAACUCAAUGGGUUGUACCAUUAACAGCUUCGUGGUUGGAAAAUUUCCCAAGCUUCAAAAAUAAUGAUAACAUCAAACGGAAAUGCUUCUGUCAAAACUGUCCCUUUCAAACAUUUAAUAAUGAAGCUUUUUAUGAACAUUUGAGAAGGAGUCACCGCAUCGAGGGUAGUAGAUUUAAAUGUGCUAAAUGUGAUUUUCGUGUUGAUUGCCAAAAUUGGGACCCCAUCAUAGAACAUAUAAAGAUGCAUGUGCUUAAUAUACAUAUUUGUUGUGUGUGCUCUUAUUACCAUCAUGAUCGCCAAAAACUUUUCGAACAUCUAAAGCAAGAGCAUCUAUACAGAGAUGUUCCGAUCGUGACCAUAAUACGCUCGACAGAGUGCGUCCAAAUAUCAAUAGCCAUCGUAUUUGCACAGCUGAGGAAAACCUUUUCGAGUACUAAAAGCUGCUUCUUUUGCCCUGAAAACGCUGCCAAUUCGUGGGAAACAUAUGCAUCUCAUUUGAAGAAGGACCACUUUAUUACACUGCAAUAUUUUUGUGAAAUUUGUGAUGAGUCACUUCAACUAACAGAAUGUGAUGAUCAUUUCAGCAAACAUAAUCCAACUACAGCGCUGAGAAUACGAUGUCAAUUCGCUACCAAUAAUCACUUGUACAUAGAUACAAUAAAACCUUUGAAGCUGCGUAUAGAAUCCUGCGAUGGGCCCAAUUUCGACCAAAACCAACCUAUUGGCGUAUAUAAAAACAUCGUAAAGCAAGAACCAUGCGAUAAUGAAUCAGAUAGCGAUGUUGAAUUCAUAAAUGAUGAAGAUAUUGUCAUUGCUAAUGAUGCAAAAUUGUCUGAAGCUCAGCAAAGUCGUAAAGUUAUUCGGUGUGUGAACCUUAAAAACCUACAAAAUCAACCGCCGGAUGAUACCAACGUUUCUCAAAGGCCAAUUCUUCCCCAACCUGAGUUGAUAAUGCACCCUCAAGGAUUUUCACAACCACCACUUCCAGCUCCAGAAACACAAAUAUGCCCCCAGCUGUUGUCGCCCACAUCAUCGAACAGCACUUCAACAGCUUCAAAUACUGCAGUAUUAUCGCCGCGGAUAGCAAUACAAAGCUACAAUCCAAAUUUUACUGGUAAUUGCAAUGUAAGGCCGGUGAAAAUUUUCAUAAGGCCUAAUACUACCAACAUGGCAAUGGGCGCGUUAGGUAACCCAUGGAAUAGCAAUUUCCAAUUCCAGAGAUAAAAUAUAAGCAUUUUCUUUAAUCUUUUAAUCUUUUAUUUUUACAAACCACAUACAAAUAAUUUUAUUUACUCCAUUAACACUAUAAGGUGCCUUUGAACAAUUUUAAUUAUUAUUUAGUGAAAAUCCAAAGAGCUGUAAAUGAUUUAUAUAUAUUACACUAUUAAUAUUAUUAUAAUCAAUAUUAAUGUUAAUUAAAUUUCACUAAAAUAAUCGCUCAAAAAAUUAUCAUACACCCAAAAAACUCGUUCUUUAAUAAGAAAUAGCGCUUGUGAUGAUAUUCCGUCGCACUAAAAAAUAUAGCUCUCAUUAGUGGAAUUCGCGCUACUGCUAGCAACAACAAAUCACACGCUCAUACAGUUACAAUUACACAUCAUACAACGAAUACACAGAAGAGCGAAUUCUCCUAUUAUAUCUGCAUAUGAAUAAAAAUAGCAAGUAUUUUACGAUUAAGUUGUACAAUGGAAAAUAAAAUAGACGUGUAUUUUAUUUUUUUACGUAUAAUGUAAAGCUAGUAGUAUAAGUUUGUUGAAUUUUUAUAUUUCCACAAUAUGGCUUUUUUAUUUAUUUCACAUUUAUUUUUUUAAAGGCUUCAAUGAAGUUUUGUGAAUGUAAAUAUGUACAUACUACAAGAAAUGGUGUAAGUUUUUGUCUUCAAAAAUAUUGAAUAAAUAAGCAUACCAAAUAUUUUCUUGAAUAAACUCCUGGAAUCUCAAUACUUAAGCUCAAGUUUGACUCGUGUAGGAAUUGUGCACUACGUCAGGUUUGUUUGAUUGCAAUUACCACAAAAGUCGUAAGUUCGGGAGAAACGGAACCUAAUAAAUAUACCGUUUUUGUUAAUUUCUGAAAACUCAUGUAAUUAUUCUCCAAUUUAAAAAAUGUUUACGUCGUUUUUAGUGAAACUUGAGAUUGGUGCAACGGAUACCGAGAUACACACACUUAAACACAAGGAGGCGGUGCCACAUCCAUCUAUUCACAAUUUAAUAAAAUUUAAACUUCUUGCGAAAAUGGUACUCGGUAUCAAUUUUUAGCAAUUCUUUACUGAAAUAUCGCAUUUUUAAUUUUUCAAAAAUACCGCUUUAUGGAAGAUAGACGUGGUUUUAAAUGAAAUACAUCUAUUUUCAAUACAAACCAAGCUUUAGACCUGAGAUAUCUCAAUUAUGACUCGAAUUAUCCUGUGCAUUUUGUUGUUGUCGUUGGAGCAGCAUACAAGUUCCCCAAAGGGGUUUUGGGGAGUGUUGCUGGAG